AUGGUCAAAACCAAUGAAUCCGAGACAUCAUUAACUACUUGAUCACACUAACACUAUAACUCAACUCAAUUAUAAAUAGGCAUUCUUUCCAUCUCACUUUCACUCAACUCAAAUAACUCUUAACAAAUAUAGUGAUAUUAAAGAGGCAGCCUUCAUCUAAGAUGGAUGACAUGGAAAUGGCCGCAUGUUUUGACAAAGAAUUGACGAAAUCGUACGUCGAAAAAGACGAUUUCAUCCUUCCAACUGACAUACUGGAAUUUCUUCCAAACACCGACAAGGACGUUGUUGUUCAUUACGACGAUCAUGAGUAUAAUAUGAAAUACAAGGUUGGCGUAUACACGCGCCUCGCUCAAGGCUGGAAAGCCUUCAUUGAUGUUGUCGGAUUAGGGAUAGGAGAUGUGUUGUGUAAGGCAUGUUUAGAUGAGAACCGCAUAGUGUUUUUUGUUCAUGUAAAGGAGGAUCCGGAGAUCGUAAUGAUAGAUUAGGUCUCCAGAUUCUCUAUUUAAAGUAAUUUAUAAAAUUUCUCGACUUUUGCUAUCAUUUUCAAGGUAAUAUUUUCCAUAACAACAAAAUUCUUCAACAAGAGCAUAAAGUUCUUCCAUGACAUUUACAUUACAACAAGAGCAUGAA